UGUGGACUGUGGCAAGACCAUGGCAUGGUGGUGACUGUUCUGGGUGUUCUCUGCGAUGCCACGGAAGAGGUCGGAGACUCGGAAGUCGGAACAGCUCGAACACAUGUGAGGCGCUAACAACGUGGCCAGUGGCGACGCGGCAUUUGGAGCUGGAUAUUAAUUGAUCUGGAAGAAACCAUCCUGGACGAGUAAAAAUUAUAGGACUCGAUCCUCUGGAGGGUCUCUGGUUCCACCAGUCCUGGCUCUGAGCUGCUAGCUGUGGUUUGGUGUGUUUUGAAGCCUGAGGAGUUACUAGUUGCAGCCAGCAGCAGCAACAGCAGCAUGUCUCCACAGAUGGUGAAGCAAAAGGAGUGGGAGGUCUGCUCCUUGUUAAAAUCAGUUCUUACAUCCUGUGGUGGAAAACUGCCAAUGAACAGACUUAAUGUGGAAUACAAAACUGUGGUGGGGGCUGACAUUCCCUUUAGGGAGCUGAUGUAUCCUACCUUAGCAAAGUUUUUGCAAUCCAUUCCAGAAAUUCUAAAAUUAGAAACCAGAGAUGGACAAGUUUUUGUUAGUGUGGUGGCUGAUAAGAACAUUGACUUGAUCUUACGGCAUGUCAUGGAACAGAAGCCUGAAACUGUUAAGGCAAAGCCAUGGAGGACAGAGGCUUUAUCUUCUGCUCCCCGACACCUUCAUUCUGUCCGACCUGUUGUGCCACUCAAUCAGUGGCAUUGUUAUAUUGGGAGCCAUGCCACAUCCAUUACUAAUGGUAGAACACCCCGAUACCAAAGUCAGAAAAGACUGCCUGAUUCUAAGCAUACAAGUAAUCCAAAAGUACAGACCAAGAAACCUUCCAAGAAGACAUUCAAGCAGCAACUUGUGGAGGCCGUCCAAACAUUAUGUAGGCCGGGCCUGGUGCCCACCUACAACACUGUCAGCUAUGGCAAGAAAAAACUGGAUUGGUGUUCAACAAUCAAGAUUGGAGACCUGUUGACAGUAAGCAGCUACCCAGACUCUAUGAAGAGCCAAGAGGAAGCUGAGGAAGCUGCAUCAAAGAAAGCCCUGCAGCAGUUGCCACAGGUGGCCAAGAAGAGGCAGGCAGCACAGAACCAUGCUGCUGUUGACUAUGAUGUGUCCAUCCCUAGGGUGAAGCAGCUUUUAGAAAAGAAAUCCCCUGUGAAGCGGUUCUGGUGGGAGGCUGUACAGGGCAUGUACUGGGACAUGUAUCAAGAAAAACUGCCACACGAUUGGAUCACAGUAGUUCAAUCCCAAAAUAAUACCGGCUUAGAGUUUAACAAUCCCUGUACAGACUUGUGGACUGUUGCACUAGCACAGAAGAUCCCAAGCUCUGGUCCCAAGACUUCUGAGCCAAUUGACACAUCAACAAGCUGUGAGCAGGAGGAGGUUCAAAUCCUCUGUAACAGUGAAAAUAAAAAAGGGAAAACUGUUGAAGGAAAGCUGCAGCUACCGACUCUCAAGCUUCCAUCCACACCUACCUGGGAUGUGGUUAUCACCUGUGUGGAAGAGCAUGACAACAUACACUUACGCCUGGUGGGGGAGAACUACAGUGAAAAGUUUGAUGAAUUGGUGUCAGAGAUGGAAUCACACUAUACAGAUGAGAAGCACUUGCAGUCUGUGAAAGAACCAGCAGUGGGAGACAUUUGUGCUGCCAGACAUGAGGAUUCUUGGUUCAGGGUUAAGGUGCUGGAGACUUUAAAUGAAAAUGUUCACGUGAAAUUUGUGGAUGAAGGGGAUUCAGCCAUCAUUCCUCUGUGUGACCUCUAUGAUCUUCAUGAGAGGUUCGUCUCUCUUCCACCACAGGACCUCCAAUGCUGUCUGGCUGGGCUGGAGGAUGCUCCUCGGGAGGCUGCACGUCAAACCAUCUUGGAGUGCCUACCCAUGAAUCAGGCACUGGUGGCCCGGGUCCAGCGUCGCCAGGAGCCCUAUGCUCUUGUGUUUUUUGACACAUCUACCAGUGAGGACAUCAACCUGAAUGACAAAUUGUUCGAGUCUCUUGUCCAUCACAUCUCAGAGCCUUCUUUGCCGCCUGUAGGGUGUGCAGCAGAAGUGUACCUGACAUAUGCUUCAUGCAAUGGUAUAAUUUACUUUCAAGAGGAUUCAGACACGUUAACAUCCUUGAUUGAUCUCCUAAAGAUAGCAAGGAGACGAAUCAAAGAAAUGCCUCAAGAGGUCAGUGUAGAUCUCACCAAGCUGUACUUAGUUUACUUCUGUGGUGAUGGAGAGUGGUACCGUGCUAGACCAAAGAGUCCCGUGGAUGCGAAUGGAAAGGUCCUGAUGGAAUUUGUGGAUUUUGGUGACAUUGAAAAAGUGUCUCUCAGCAACAUUAGGAACUUUGAAGCUGUGUCCCCUCUCUUAGCAAAACUUCCUCACCAGGCAUUGCCAUGCAUCCUCCACAAUGUUCCCAGCAAUCCUGAUUUGAAGUGGACAGUGAAAGCUUGCCAACGACUGGUGGACCUCACAUCACGGGAUACUCAUUUGCUGCUUAAGGUGGUGUCACAAGGGACAGGGAGGCAGCUGCCCACAGUGCAACUGUUCAAGAGAUUACUACCACAGAAUGAGUUGGUCUCCAUCAAUGACACCCUUGGAAUCGAUGACAGCCUCUUCAGGGAUAAAGAAGACAAGCCCCACAACACUGAGAAAGAUGCAGUUCUGUGUCACGGAAGACCACUGUCUUCUUGUGUCUCAGAUGCAAGUCUGCAAGUACAUCCUCCCUCUGCUGGGUUAGUCUCCUUCCCUCCCUGUGCCUCCAUGUCCCCUAGUGACAUUCCUGAUGUUGGCUCCUAUUUUGAUGUUAUUGUGACUUUUGCUGCCAGUCCAUACCUGUUUGCUGUCCAACCAUGGAGCAUGAGUAAGAAAUAUGGGGAACUAUCUGACGUUAUGCAAAAGUACUAUAACAAUCCUGUCAAUGUUCAGCAAGUAGUGGAGAUAAAGGGUGGCCAGUAUUGUGCCUUGAAGCACAAAGAUAACCUCUGGUACAGGGCCAAGGUAGAAAUGACUCAGAAUGAAACAGUUGCUGGAGUAUUUGUUGACUUUGGGAACCGAUUUGUUUCAAUUCUCCAGAAUGUUCAACCUCUCUUGCUAUCCUUUUGCAUUCUUCCCUCUCUUGCAAUAAAGGCCAAACUUUUUGGUAUUGAACCUGCAAACAAAUCAUGGACCCCUGAGGACGCUUUUCACUUCCGCACAUUGACAGGAAAGAAAUACCUCAGUUCUGUGGUGUAUGAUAAGGAAGUGGACAAAAACAACUUGUUAGUGCUCUCAUUACUGCUGAUUGACACAUCUGACAAGGCAGUUGAUUUAUAUAUCAAUCAGAUCCUUGUAGAGGAAGAUCGUGCUGUCUACACAUGGGCUUGAGACUUCUGAAAGCACUCUGUAUCAUGCUAAUCUUUUUCUUGAGUCUUAAUAAUUUUGAAGUUUAUAUGUUUAGUUUGACUAUCCAUUAAUUGAAUGAAAUUUCUUAGAUGUUAAAUGUUAAAUAGAAGAAGGUAAACUUUAUCACUCAAAAAGUAAAAGAUUAAUUAUUUUCGGUAAAAAUAAUAAUAAUAAUAAUAAUGUUGAUACAUUGCAGGUCUUAGUGUUGAUGUUGAUCUUUUUGUGCGUGGUUUAAUUUUUUUUGGAGUUAAUGCUUCUUAUCAGUAAGAAAUGUUUGAAUUUGUAGUUUUUUGUACUUUGAACUCUCUCUCUCUCUCUCUCUCUCUCUCUCUCUCUCUCUCUCUCUCUCUCUCUCUCUCUCUCUCUCUCUCUCUCUCUGAGCAAUGAUUCUAUAUAUUUUUACUUAAAGUGUGUUAACUUCGUACAGUACUUAGGUCAGAGAAGAGAUGUCUUAUGAAACAUUGCAAUUUGGUGAGGUGGGUUUACAUCUGUGGUACUAUGAAAUCAUGUAGAAAUGUAAUUAUUAUAUAGUAG